GGCAGACAUCUUUGUUGCGUAAUGUCAUUAUGCGUUACUGUCAUAUUAGUGAUGAAUGAAUCCAAAUAAUAAUAAUUAAAAAUAUCUGUUCUAAUAGUCGAAUGAAAUACAAUGAACUAAUAUUAUGUCUAGAAUAACCCGAACGAUCAAUAAAGAAGUGCAAGUUAAAUAGUGAUUGUGCCACACGACUCUCUAUUGAAGCAUUGAGGCCCGUCUACGUAUUAUCAAUUCCAAGUAUUACAGAAAUGGUCCUUUCCAUAUUCAAUUUAGAUAUUCUUUCUUGAGGCAAGAUUCGGUGUGACUGAUUAAAUUAUUCUACCAGUGUUUGAUAUAAUGAUAAUCUGGCUGAUAUAGUUGAGUGAACUCGAAAAAACAUGGGUAUUUCUUUGAAAUUUACCUUAUUCUACGUGGGUAUCAUAAUAGUUGUGAUAAGUUUUGGACAAUUUGUAAAUGGUGAUCAAGAAUGCUUGAAUGGUGUAAAUACAACAGGCUAUACUGUACCAAAAGGUGAUAUAGUUAUAAGGUAUGGAGAACCCUUAGAUAUAUACUGUAUAUUGAACGAAAAUGCAGCGAAAUCAUUUGGUCCAAAUGCAAGCCAGAAACUGACUUUCACUAGAGGCACCAAAAAUUUAAAUAGUGAGAUGAUACAAGUUAUAAACGAAACAACAAUCAAACUACAUGUAGAAAAACCUGCGAAAGGAAAUAGGGAAUACUACAUAUGCACCAAUAAAUUUGAAAAAAAGAAGUAUGUUUGUGCGAAUUUUGUUUAUGUUGGAGUCCCUCCUCAAGAAAUAACAGACUUCAGAUGUGUAAGUGAAAAUUUGGAUAAUUUAACAUGUAGAUGGACUGCUCCACAGAAUUACAUAGUGACAACCUAUAAUCUCACUUAUUCUCUAGAUCCAGAUUCAGAGCAAUUCAAGUGCCCACAAAUUGAAGGAGAAGAAGGAUCUGAAAUGAAGUGCACUUGGAAUUUGGGCACAGCACCUAUAUAUAGACAAUCUGUAUCUGAAUAUUAUUUCAGCCUAACGGCUAAUAAUACCUUUGGAAAUUAUACUAUGCCUACCAAACUAUUCAAGCACUUUGAACAUGUUAUACCUAACAAACCUGAGAACUUGAAAGUUAUAAGUAAAACAUGGAAUUCUGUGGGAUUAUCUUGGUCCAUACCGUCAACAAUGCGUAUUUUUAGAAGCGGUCUCCAUUAUAGGGUAUUGUAUCAAUCGUCUUAUGGAACUAAAGAAUGGCAGUCAAGUCCUAUCAUUCCGAUCAAAGAAAAAGCUGAAGUUAAACAUAAACUUGAAAAUUUAGAAUUUGCGCAUGCCUAUUACGAUAUCAGAGUUUCCCUGCGUUCUGCUGUAGCUGAUCCUGCAGAUGUUGGCUUGUGGUCAGAUAAUGCCUCUCUGACAGUCCUGACCGAAAGCAAAAUACCUGAUGAAGCACCAAGAACAAACAUUGGUAGUUUUGAGAUUUUGACGUAUGGAAAUAAUUCAGAUAGAAAUGUUCGCAUUUAUUGGUCUCACGUCCCUGAAGAGAAAAGAAAUGGCGAAAAUUUCACUUAUGUGGUGACACUUGAAGGGAAUGAAGAAAUCGAGAAUACAACAGAAAAUGCAUAUUUACUCUAUGAACGUUUAUCUCCCUAUAAAAGUUAUACGUUUUUAAUAAGAUCCAAGAAUGAGAUGGGAUAUUCUGAUGACUUUUCAGUUGUGAAAAUUCCAACACAUCAGAACUGUGCUCGAGAACCGACAAGAUUGAGAAAAGAGGAAUUGGAUCACGGAUAUUACAGGUUAUCGUGGCAACCUCCGAAAAUGAAACUCCACCAACCCAUUAGGAAUUACACCAUAUUUUGGUGCAAUGACGAAAAAGAAAGACCUCCUUGCACUGGAAAGCUGGACUGGAUUGUAGUGCCAAGGAAUAAGACAUCACAUGACCAAAGAAUACCAAGCAAUAAAACAUUUCAGUUUGCCAUUUCCGCUAAUACUGAUCACGGUAGUAGUGGUAUGACAUGGGCACACUGUACAGAUUUAUACUAUAAAUAUAGUGUUGGCAAGAUUGACGAAUUCUACAGAGUGAGUGUUGGAUCCACAGACAUCAAAGUGAAAUGGAGUUUUGGAUGUUCUGAUAAAAGUGUAACAGGAUUCAUCAUCUACUAUUGCCCUAUUUGGUCUCCUGAACAAAAUUUCAAAUGUAGAGAACCCGAAAAGAAUACAACUGUACCAAGCAAUGAAACAACCGCUACUAUUCAUGAUGUUGCACCUUAUACCACAUACAACUUACAAGUUGCUGCAGUGAUAAAUUUCACUAAGUAUAGCCAACGAAGUGAACCACUUCUGUCGACAACAUUAGAAACUGCACCCACAGCUCCUCAAAUUCUACAACUGACAGAUGUAACAAAUUCGACAAUUUCACUUAGUUGGUAUGCUCCGAAGAAAACUAACGGAUUGUUGAAAUAUUAUCAGAUUUCUUACAACAAUGAUUCUAGAAGAAUUGAUCCAGUAAGAGGUGCUAAAAUGCAGUCUGUUACGCUCACUAAUUUGACAAGCUUCAAAAACUAUACCAUCAGUGUGCAGGCAUGCACUGUAACUUGUUCAGAACAUUCUGAAGAAAUAAGGACUCAGACAAAUAUUGGUUAUCCCAGCGCGAUCAGGAAGCCAAUUAUUACACAAAAUGAAACAUAUACUCAGAUUAGUUGGGAUAGUCCUCUAAAACCCAAUGGAAGAAUAGAAUAUUAUGAAUUGAAGAUAAAAGAAAAACAAGAUAAAGAAAAUAAAACAAUAAUCUUGAAUGUAACAGGUCAAGAUUGGGGCUUCAAUAGCUGUGCCAAAGAAAAGGUGUUUUCCUUCUUUGUUUCGGUACGAGCUAUAAAUUUAGAUGGUGAUAGAGUUUACCAUGGUAAAUGGAGUGAUGAGAUUGAAUCUUAUUGCCGAUCCCCUGGAAAUUAUACCAUCUAUCUUUUGGUACCCUUCAUCAUUCUGUUUCUAUCUGCUAUGACAUAUUUAUUCAAGAGAUUAUACGGACAUUUCUUGAUAAUGAAAGAUGUGGAAGUGAAGUUGCCACUUGGACUUCAGAGUGAAGCAAUCGAGGUGGAUUUAGUAAAUUGGCCACAAAAACCAAGGAGUGACAGUGAUGGUCAUCAUGCUGCUGAUGAUGAAAAACAUCUCUUGAUGAAGAAGAAUGAAGGUUCACCCACUACAAAUAUCGGAGACUCAAGUGGUUGUAGUUCUGCUCAUGAAAGUGUAACAUGUUCUUUGGAUUCAGCAAGUAACAUAUCAUCAAGUACUUCAGACUCCGGAACUGAACAACCGAAAAUACCAUCUGCUGAAGAUUUGUCUGAUUUAACUACUUCGUCCUUAAGGCAAAGAAAUAUCCGCCCUACUAGCAUAAGUAAGCCCUAUGUUGUGUUCCCAUUAGAGGGAAGUAAUAACAGCGGGAUGAAGUCUCCACCAAAAACAUACUGUGUUUUAGGAAUUGACCCAAAUUUGAAUACAGAAGGCAAUUCAACGUAUAUUCCUUUACCAUCUGUGAUGGAUAAAGCAUCGUUCAACUCUCCAGAGCCCACCUCUCCUUAUGUUUUUACUGGAGAACUUCUGAAAACAGCAAAUCCUAGUUAUAUACCUUUCAAAAGUCCUGUACCAGCAGACAAAAAUCCAGCUUACGUCAUUGCUGGAAGUAAAGAUGUUAUUUCUCCAGACUCAUUAAAUUUAGAAACAAAGCAGGCCCUUUCACCCCAAGAGAAUGCCUACAUAAAAAUUGCAGAUAAUAUGACAUUGAAAAAUUCCACUGAUAUUACAAACUGGCAGCCUUCUUCCCUAAGUACGAAUUCAAAAACUGGAUAUGUGACAAUUGGAGAAAUACCUCCACUGAAAAAAGAAUCAAAGGGCUAUGUUCCUCAUAGACAAUUAGACAAUAAAACCUUGAAGGAAGACUAAAAUCGACUGAGAGCUCAUCCUGAAUAAACUGUUGAGUGAUUUUCUGAGUGUUAUCUUUGGCCCCAUUCUUUCCUAAUUUUUCUCAUUGAAAGUAGAAGUAGAGACUAUUGAUUUAGAUUCUACAAUUUGAUGUACAUUAUUUAAUAAAGUAUGAAAUAAAUAUUAAGGUCUCAGAUACGAAAGAGAUUGAAUUUGUUACUUUUUAUAUAAUGUUAUAUUUUUUAUUGUACAUAUCAAAUUUAAGUUGGAAAAUCUUUGUGUACGAGAAUUUUCAGCCACACCUUCAAGACAAAUCCAUGUAAUGAAUAAUUUAAGGUUUCAUCCUAAUGUGAUAGAUUUUUCAUCUCUAGUUCCUAUCCUGUUAUUCAGUUGUUUUUUCGCCACAUAGUUUGCCCAAUUUUUGGCUCUAAAUUCUCGUGAUCUAUCAAUUAUUUUUUUGCACCUUUAAUUAUUUUGAUGAAUGUGCCUUAAAUUUUUGACUGAUAUAUUUGAAUGUUUCCAAAAACUCUUUGUGUUAUUCUCUCUUGCCAAAUAAAUGUGGUAGGAGAUUAAAGAUUAACUAUUGCAAUGUCAUGCUAGUGAUAAUGGAAGUUUCAAGCACUUUUUAAGUAAUCUCGAAUUUUUUAUGUUAUAUGUUGUGAGAAGUGGGUGUCAGGAUAAGAAUAAAAAUUCUACACUAGAAUAUUUUAACUAACGAAUAAUAUAUAUUUUAUUAUAUAAAUUUGCUUUAUUGACUUAUCUCUAAUUCCUGCCAUCCACUAUUUAAAAUGGCAAAGUGUAGUAAAACACAGGCCACAUUGAAAUUAUCUUUUUGAAUACUCAAAAUUUCUUCUUUGAAUAGAUGAAUGUUCAUACUAAAAAACUUAGCGUUGAUCGACUCUGAAGUUCAUAUAAGAAUUGAUGUGGAUUAGAUUUGGAAAAAGCCAUUAAAUAUUCCCCUCAUA